UUGGGUUCCCCCUGACACCCUUGGGCCCCAAGAAACUCUCCCCCCUCGCGACGUCACGUCUGGAGGCUGGCUGCUCACUGUGUUCACCUCCAACAGAGAAACUUUACUGGAGGCUCAGGCUCUUCUGACGGCGGACCAAGUAAAAUCCUGUUUAGAGGAAGACGCAGCAGCGCAGAGGCCCUCCAUGGUGCAGGGAGACAGAAUCCGGAGCUACAUUCACUUCCACACCCGAAGGACGUUUUACACUAAAUGCCCUUUAUUUACAUUAUUAUUCCACGAAGGGAAGCCAGCGGUUUUCUUGGGUACCGAUAGCUUGUUUGGUGUACUCCCAUACCGGGCUGGAGGUGCGUACAGGAAUACGGUCAGGAAACAAUCGUUUUCCUUACUCAUAAGAGGUGAAAGGAGUGUUUCAAGGAGCCGAAAAUAGCUGGACCCCUUUUUGCCCUAAGUGUUUUUUAAGUUGCUGUUUGGUUUGGAUAUGGCUUCGAUCAGUUUGGGCCUCUUAUUUUCGUUCGGUUUGUUUUUUCCCCCGGUAUGUGUGUCAGCGAAGGAGCCCCAGAGCCAGAGCGGCUUCAGGAGGCUGUACGUGCUCCAGCCCGGGCCGGGGUCGGCCGGAGCAGACGGCCAAGUGCGAGUUAGCUCCAUAUCGACGCGUCAUGGCGCGGCAGGGCAGCCGCACACGUACAACGUGGAGCUCACAGCCAACCUCGACGCUCAGGUCCGGACCCGCAGAAUGGGCAACCAAGCGGCUUCAGCCCCGCAGUUCAGCCAGCAGCAGCAGCCGAGCGUCCGGCAGCGCGGACAGGCGCAGAAGCAGCUCCUGAAGUUGUCUGGUGUGAACGUCUGUGGAGGGCAGUGCUGUCAUGGAUGGAGUAAGGCUCAGGGAUCGCAGCAGUGUACAAAGCCCAACUGCAUCCCUCAAUGCCAGAACGGCGGAAUGUGCCUCAGGCCUCAGCUCUGUGUCUGCAAGCCUGGCUCAAAGGGGAAGGCAUGCGAACAGAAGACGGUGUCCACACACUCUUUUCCAGCACCGGCUGGGAAUCAGCCAACCAACGGGCACAUACCUGGUACCUCAAAUGGACAAGGUGUGGUACCUCAGUGGCCCAUACCUCAGCAAGUUCAUCCCAAUGGUUAUGGCUCGAACGCCCGUCCAGCUAACAACAUGGCCCAGAUGAAACUAAGUGUCAAGCCGCCCUCCCAGCUUGUACGACCACAUUACAUCCAACAUCACAUUCAACAACAGAUCCGGCAAAUGCCCAUGCACCCAGGUCAGAGCCAACAGUACGUUAUGAAGCCCAAAUACUAUCACCGCACACAGACGCAUAUCCUUUCCCAACCUGAGAGGCCUAUUCCCCUAACAGUGGGACAAAACCUCAACAAUGGUAACCAUACAGGAAGGAUUAAGGUGGUCUUCACACCAACCAUUUGCAAAUUAACCUGCACAGGAGGCAAAUGUCACAACAACUGUGAACUGGGAAACACCACCACCAUCAUCAGUGAGAACGGCCACGCUACAGACACCCUGACAGCACCCAACUUCAGAGUUGUGGUGUGUCACCUGCCAUGUAUAAAUGGCGGGAGGUGCAGUAGUAGGGACAAGUGUCACUGCCCUCCCAACUUUACUGGAAAGUUCUGCCAGAUGACUGUUCAAAAUGGAAUCCAGCAGCACCAGCAAACAUCUGGCAGCUACAGCCAAACUCAGGUCCACUCCACACAUACACUGCCUCUGACCUACAGCAUUGGCCAGAAUCCUGUAUUCAGCCCCAGCAUUGUCAACAUCCACAUCAAACAUCCUCCUGAGGCCUCUGUUCAGGUCCACCAGGUGUCUCAGCUGGAUAACUACCACAACAACGGGCACCAGCAGAAAGGUUCCCAGUCAGGCUCCUCUUCAUCCACCAGCUACACCUAUCACCACACAGAGAGCAGCCAGAAGAUCCAACACCAUGGCUACAACAUAGUUUAUCCCAGCCAGCAUGGCUACCAAGUCCCCCAGAACCAGCCUGUCACCUCUAAGAACACACUGGGUCGCUGCUUCCAGGAAACAGCAGGGGGUCAGUGUGGCAAGGCCCUGCCAGGUCUCACUAAGCAGGAGCAUUGCUGUGGCACCAUUGGGACAUCCUGGGGUUUCCACAAAUGCCAGAAGUGUCCAAAGAAAUCUAUUCCUCUGAUAGAUUGUCCUCGUGGUUACAAGAGAGUUAACAGCUCUCAUUGCCAAGAUUUAGAUGAGUGUCAGCUACACGGUGUGUGUCCUAAUGGAAACUGUCUGAACACCAUGGGCAGCUACAGGUGCAUGUGUAAACCCGGUUUUGUACCUGACUCCACGCUAACCACUUGCAUAUCCAACACGCCUGCCAUCCCAGAGGAGAAGGGGGCUUGCUUCCGUUUGGUCAGCUCAGGGAGGCAGUGUUUGCACCCAGUGUCUACCCAACUGAGCAAACAGCUUUGCUGCUGCAGUGUGGGCAAAGCCUGGGGCCCUCACUGUGACAAAUGCCCCCCUCCAGGAACAGCUAAGUUCAAAGACAUCUGUCCCGGUGGAAUGGGCUACACUGUUCUACCAAAUCCACCUUUAAACAAGCCAGUCACCGUUCACCAGGAGCCCAUUGACCUGCUACCCCCCCAACCCCUCCCAACACCAGAGAGACCAGUAGAGGCCUUUGGAACACCAGAAGAGAUUAUUCCAGAGGUUAUUGUGAAGCCUGCACCAGUGGAGAUCCUCCCAUCUAAUGCAGGCCAAGACAUCGCUCCCACCCAGUCAGCUGUGGUGGAUGAGUGCCAGAUCAACCCGUAUAUUUGUGGUCAAGGGAUUUGUUACAACACAGCCAUGGGUUACACCUGCCACUGUGAUGAGGGAUACCACCUGGAUGUCGCCCAAACCACCUGUGUAGAUGCAGAUGAGUGUUUGGAAAGUCCAUCUUUAUGCUUUGGUGGUCGCUGCACGAACACAGAAGGCAGUUUUCUGUGCGUGUGUUCACAGGGAUUCCUUAUCGAUGGAGAGGGAACCAGUUGUGUUGAUGUGGACGAGUGUUUAGAAGAACCCAGGCCCUGUGAGAAUGUGGGGGAGUGUGUUAACAACAUAGGUUCUUACACCUGUACCUGCCCCCAGGGAUACCGACAGAUCAACAGCACCAGCUGCAGAGAUGUUGAUGAGUGUGUGGAUGAACAAGAGCUCUGUCCCUCCCAUGCUGCAUGUAUCAACACAGAGGGAUCCUAUCUCUGUUUGUGUGAGAGUGGAUUCACCGCCAACCUUAGCACGCCCUCCUGUGAUGAUAUUGAUGAGUGUGGGCUCAAUGAGACACUCUGUGGCCCUCAUGGCUUUUGUGAAAACAGAAUGGGUUCCUUCCGAUGCCUCUGUGAAGAGGGCUACCAGGAAUCCCAGGAUGGCCAAGGCUGUUUGGAUGUAAAUGAGUGUGACCUGCUGAGCAGUGUGUGUGGAGAAGCAACGUGUGUGAACACUGAUGGUUCCUUCCGUUGUGUGUGUCCCAGCAGCAUGGACUAUAAUUUUAUGACUGCCAAGUGUGAGCCAGUUCCUACAGUGUCAUCGGUGGAGCGUAAGGAGUGCUACUACAAUCUGAAUGAUGAGAAUCUGUGUGAGAGUGUGCUGACCAGCCAUGUUACCCUGCAGGAGUGCUGCUGCACACUGGGAGCUGGAUGGGGUGAUAACUGUGAGGUGCAUCCCUGUCCUGUCAAUGGCACAGACCAGUUCAAUCAGAUGUGUCCAUCUGGAAGAGGUUUUAUUCCCAAUGGAGACUUGCUAUAUGGAGUACCCACAGCUGACACCUAUAAAGAUGCAGAUGCAAAUGCAGAUGAAUGUACACUGUUUGGUCAGGAGGUGUGCAAAGGAGGCUUCUGUUUGGACACCGUGGGCAGCUACGAGUGUUACUGCAAGACUGGACAGGACUAUGACUCUGCCAAACUGGAAUGCAGAGACAUCAACGAGUGUCUGGAUGAGUCGCUGUGUAUUAAUGGACAAUGUUUGAACACAGAUGGCUCAUACAUGUGUUACUGUAGACCUCCCAUGGUUUUGGACCCCAGCAGUAACCGCUGUGUCUUAAUUCCGGAGGUGGCUGACCAACAUGAGGCGGAGCAGAUAGACUACCAGGGUAUCUGCUGGCAGAAAGUUACAGAGACCAUGACGUGCACGCGGCCACUAGGUCCCAACAGGAAGACCACGUACACGGAGUGCUGCUGUCUCUAUGGAGAGGCCUGGGGCAUGGAAUGUGCUCUGUGUCCACACAGAAACACAGAGGAUUUUGCGUCCAUGUGUAACCUGGGUGGGCGGCGGUCGUAUGGUCGUGACGCCCUUGUUGCCGGCCCAGUCGAUGAAUAUGAAGUGAGCCCAGACUAUUCACCAUCACCUGAGCAGCAGGCUGUCCUGCCCUUUUAUGAGAAUGAGGAGUAUCCAUUCAAUGCAUUUGAGGGUUUGCAAGCAGAGGAAUGUGGGAUACUGAAUGGUUGUGAAAAUGGUCGGUGUGUCCGGGUUCAGGAGGGUUACACCUGCGACUGCUUUGAUGGAUACACCCUGGACCUGUCCCGUAUGGCCUGCGUUGAUGUGAACGAGUGUUCAGAGCUAAACAAUCGGAUGUUGUUGUGUAAAAAUGCGAAGUGCAUCAACACAGUGGGCUCCUAUCAGUGUGUGUGUCUGCCGGGCUUCACUGCCUCUGACAAACCAAACUAUUGUGUGCAGACAGCAACACAGCAAACAUCAACACACACAGUAAGCAUGGACAAACACUAAGGGGCAACAAGAGACACUAAAACCACACACAUAAGCUUGUAUUGCUAUACUUGUGAGGAUGUCCACUGACAUUAAGCCACUGCAAAAUCAUCAAAACUUACAUUACAAUUGUACUGCCUGGUCUAGUACACCUCUCCCAAAUCCCAAAACAUUUUACAACUGAUCAUCAAAAGUGAGUUUUAUUUUAUCAGUGUCAAGUAUUUCACUCAUUUUGCAUUUUACAGAACUUGUUUACUUGCUUUUUAUAUUUAUAUUUUCCAAUAUGAACAUUUUUAAAUAAACCAUUCUGAAAUACUAUAAAGUAAUCCCAAUGCUGAGACUUUAUUUAAUUUAAUUUUUUUAAAUGUUACACUUUUACAGACUGCAUUCUUAACAUUACAACUUACUCUGGUUUAUUUUGUUAAAUGAAUAGUUUGAUAUUUUAAGAUGUGCUUUCUUGCAUUCUUUCCAAGAGUGAGAGGAAACAUUGUCUGUGCUGUAUGUACGGAGCUAGAGCCAGGGGGUAAUAAGCAUAUCUUACCCUAAAGACUGGAAGAAACUACCAGAAUAUUCGCAGCAGCGCCUCCUUAGAUCUGUUAUUUCAUCCAUCAAAUAUAUUUAGCAGAAAGCCAUGCCAUGAAGAGAUUUUCAUUCCAAUAGGAAGGUUUGAAGGCAAUAUGCAUUAUAUUCACACCCUCGAAUACAAAUGGAGAAUUGAAAAUGUAAUGUGGCGGUACUAAUUAGCGAGUGAUUGUGGAUAGUGAGAGUAUACAGCCACAUGCAGGUACAAUGUUUGCAAUGUUAACUAUCUAUGUUUGCAUACCACCAUUUGUUAAUUGGCACAAAAUGCAAAAUCCAGCUGGCGCUGACCGACCAUCACUAGUUCUGGAGAUAUUUAGCCAUAAACCAAAGUUUUGACUAUUUUGUCCAAAUGAUAAACAAAAUCAUCAAAAUUAUUUGACUAAAAAUGACAAAUAUUCUGUUGGUUGCACUUUAGGAAAAGUCAGAGGAUCACCAAAGUCAUUAGAAUUCACCAUCCGGGGAUGAUGAAUGUCUGUACCAAAAAUCAAGGAAAUCCAUCUAAUAGCUGAGAAUGUUCCAGAGUAAUGAGCACCCUACAUUGCUAGCUUGACCUAUGAAUUUUGCUUUAAAGAAUCCUUUUGAAAUGUAUAGCAACAAGUUUAUUGUUCUCCCUGAGUAACUACAUCGUAUGCAUGGGCCAAUGAUAUGUUAUUGUGAGGAUAAAUUAUCAUCAGUAUUUUUUCUCUUACUUAGCUUAAUAUUUGAUGAAGUCGCUGAUGCGUCAUUUUAAGUUAUGUUUAACUAUGGUGUUUGGUAAAAAUAUCUUUGUCUUUAUUACACUGUUGCAAACAUUAAGAGGAUGGUAAAUGCUAAACUGAAGCCAAACAACAACCUCAUCCACAUUGUAUUAAUACAUUUGAUGAUGGCAACCUCAAUAAGGUGUGGAUCAACUAGCAUGUCUCCAAAAGCUUUAUUAUUUCACGAGUGGACAUUUGGUCCUUAAAAGUAUAGAAAUACAACAAUCACAUGGAUACGAAAACACACACUUUACUUAAUCAAAGCUUAUAUAUUCUGCACUGUAUGAGAUUACAUGAAACAGUCAUUUACUUGAGAUGAGAUUAUAUGUGGUGCCUAUGUGGGGGAUAAACAAAUUGUAUAAAAUGUAUGUUUUGUGUGUUGCUUUUCUAAGUGCGUUUCUUAUUUUGUUUUUACAUGAUGUUUUAUGUGUGUUAUAAGAGGCGUCUUUGCUCAUUUAACAAAUCGACAAACCCUUUGGACUUGUGCUGGGGGAUCCAGUUAUUAUUUUUAACCCCGUCAAACUGUUUGUGGAUAUUUAAUUCUGUAAAGAGGCCAACUGUCUGCUUCCUCUUGUCCACCAUUGCAAUCCCUCUGGCUGCUACAAAGCUUGUUUAUACACUACACCAAGUCAUGUAAUUUGUAAUAGGCUUCAUGUGGGAUUUUGUCUUUGUUUUGUAAGAGUGGUUUAAUGCAACCAUAAACCUAACUGUUUUCUGGGACAUAGGUUUCAUGUGUCUUGAAAGAACCUAAAAGACUUUUGUUUCCUGGUACUCAUUAUACACAUAUGGAGGGUAUGUUGACAUCACUGAAAUGUAUUUUUAAUUUUCGGAAUUCUCUUAUAUGCGUUUUACUGCAAAGUCUCACCAGGUUGUAAAGCUGCUAUGAGACAGGGAUGAGAGAGAAGAAACUUGUGUACAUUUAAACAAAAGAGUGGAGAAAACUGCUUAUGUAUUUGUAAUAUGUACAUGAAUAAAUAGCUGUCUUGACCAAUUCAUAUUACAGUGUACAUUAAACCACUUGGUGAU